CAACCGCUGACAUAAAUAAUGAGUGCAACCCAUUAAAACGCUCCACGGAAACCCGAAGCUUCUACGUUCCGGGAAGGUCGUCACUUUUCAUACGAGUUAAGGGGCUUUUACUGUAUAAUUAUGGCGACCCUUGAUGUGACCGAAUAGGGUCUUGCUAAAAGUGAAGAAGGGAUUUUACAAUGCUUAACAGUGUCUGCAACGGUUGUAUUCUCUUAACUGCAAUGGAGUUCUGGAUCAGACACACCUGGGACAGCUUACCUGUGGAUCAUGAGCCGGUAAAGAUUCGGUUCUCACCUGAUGAGGAAGGUUUGAGAAUGGAAGUGACUGCUCCGUUCUUCAAUGACCCCCCUGCACCAGCUGGAACGCCUGGAGAGCCUUUCCCAGGUCUCUGGGACUAUGAGGUGGUGGAGUCCUUCUUCCUGAAUAGCAAUACUGAGCAGUAUCUGGAGGUGGAAGUCUGCCCACAUGGGCAACACCUUGUUCUGCUGCUGAAUGGAAAACAUAAUGCAUUUAUGCAACAGCUCCCUCUAUCCUUCCGUGCCAGUAUAGAGGGCGAGACAUGGAAAGGAGAAGCUCUUUUGCCAUGGAGGUAUUUCCCUCAGGGGAUUAAUAAAAUGAACUCCUAUGCUAUCCAUGGCUCUGGUGCUGGAAGGACAUAUGAGGCUCUGUAUCCUGUUCCCAGAGAGGACCUGCAAGAAGGACAGGGACCAGACUUUCAUCGUCUUGAGUACUUCCAGAACUUCACGCUACAAAGCAUAAUGGGAGAAGACUGGGUCCAGCCAGAGUCUGACCUGUGGAAUUCUGUGAGCACAUGAGUGACCAGCUGAAAAGCACAAAUUAAAUAAAACCUUUUGGACAA